AUGGGUGUUUUCUUUCGCCUCUGCCAUGCCUUGCAAGGUAAAUCAUUUCGUAUCUUCGUUAUAUUCACGUUAACAAUUAGUACAGCUAUCAUCGAAAUCGUUUUUGGUAUUCGUUCUCAUUCACAGUCGUUAAUUGCCGAUGGUCUUUAUUCGUUUGCUGAAGGUAUUUCAUUAAUCGGUGUUUUGUUAGCUCUACAUCAUGCACGCAAAGCUGGUAAAAGACAAAAUAACACCUUUGGUUGGGCACGUCUUGAACUUCUAGUAGGUCUAUUACAAGAAAUAUUCCUUUUAUCACUCUCGUUGGGUAUCAUUGUCGAUGCUGUUAAUCAUUUGGUCAAUCCAACACAUGUCAAUGAUCCUGUGAUCUUAAUCGCUCUCGGAAUACUUGGAUGUGUUGUGGGCAUUUUGGGAAUGCUCAUGUUCAAAGGCUACCAUCACAAUCACGAUAUUGAAGAUGAAAUCAAUGAACACAAAAAAAUCGCCUUCGUCGCAUCUGUUCACAGCAAGUUGCCACGAAAAAACCGAAAUAGCUUUAAAGACAAACAAAAGCAGUUAUUAACCGAUCCGUCGUCCGAUGUGGCUAUUGAGAAACGUCUUCAGAACGAUUUUGAUGAUGUAACAGCUAGUAGUCCAUUAUCGCCAUCUGUCGUAUCAUACAGACGAUCAAUCCGAGAUGCUAGUAUGGUGCUGCCAUCUUACUCAUACGAAGAAAUUAAUGAUGUAGAGAAUUUUGAAGAAUCGAGAGUCUAUGCCACGCUGCAUGCACUCUGUCUACAUUCACAAGUAAGGAUGAUAACUGCGACGAUAGGCGCAUGUUUGAAUUAA